AACUAAACUGCACUGAAAUUUAGGCCAAAUUCGUGGAUGCGAUCCAUACGGAUGCGAAGUUCGGAUCCAAGGGCUACGGAACCUAUGAGACAUUCGGCCAUUUGGACUUUUAUCCUAAUGGAGGAAAGGAUCCACAACCUGGGUGUAGGGCACAGAUAUUAACCUCAUUUCUCACAUUUGACCCUGUUGAGAGCGCCAGACGCUUGAUAUACUGUAGCCAUCAGAGGGCUGUGGACUUCUAUACGGCUACUAUUAAUGCCAAUAACCGGAAAGGUGUGGGACAUCAGUGCAGUGAUUACGACGCCUACCUCCGAGGCCAGUGCAACGAUUGUGGGACUAAUGGUAGCAAAUGUGCGAUUAUAGGGGAACAGGCCGUACAGUCCCAUCAGUUUGCGGACAGUACUCGAGGCAACCGGUUCUUCCUGACCACUCGGGAUACCAGUCCUUACUUUUAGUCUGUAUUGUCUUAUAUUAAAUUUAUAAGGAUAUACAUUUAAG